UUACUUUAUUUUACAAACAGAAUUAGAACUGUAAACAUUACCAUCUGAACAUGUCACUGUUAGGAGUUUGCUCCUGUCCUGCUCUACUUUGGUGGUGAGACUCUAAGUCUGAUAAACUUCCACCCUACUUUUUUGCUUUUUGUGAGCGCUCCCUGUCAUCGCCGACUUCUGAAACGGCCCGUGAAGGCAUCACGAGCGUAGCAGCUCCUAGUUCCUCCUCGGGCAGACUGAUGAUCCAGCUGCUGUGCGCGUGAGCGUGUGCGCUGACAUGGAUCCAAGUGACGCUGGCUGCUGAGCCUGGACGCGUUACGGCGACACCGGCGGACUUCAAAGCGCGACUCAACUUCUUCCGCGGCCGCACUCAUGCGGUUUUCGCUCGCCUGAGCCAUGUCCAAGACCCUGAAGAAGAGGAAGAACCACUGGACCAGCAAAGUCCACGAGAGUGUCCUCGGCAGGAGCGAGGAGGGGGCGCUGGGGCUGGAGCUGAAGGGCGGCGCGGAGAAUGGACAGUUCCCGGUUAUCGGCGAGCCGCUCGCGGGCAGAGCGGCGUGCGACGGCGGCAAACUGUGCCAGGAUGAACUCCUGCUGGAAGUCAACGACACCCCGGUGGCGGGACUCACCACCAGGGACGUCCACGCCGUGGCCAGACACAGCAGGGACCCGCUGCGGCUCAAGUGCGUCAGGCAAGGGGGUGUGAUCGACAAGGACCUGCGCCGCUACCUCAGCCUACGCUUCCAGAAAGGCUCGGUGGACCACGAGCUGCAGCAGAUCAUCCGGGACAACCUGUACCUCCGCACGGUUCCCUGCACAACCAGGCAGCCCAAGGAAGGAGAGGUCCCCGGGGUGGAUUAUAACUUUGUGACCGUUGACCGGUUUAUGGAGUUGGAGAAAAGCGGAGCCCUGCUAGAGAGUGGAACAUAUGAAGAUAACUUUUACGGCACCCCGAAGCCGCCGGCCGAGCCCAGCGCUCUGCUGCUGAAUGUAACGGACCAGCUGCUGCCGGGCGCCAGACCCAGCUCCGAGGGCAAGAGGAGGCGGAACAAGUCGGUCAGCAACAUGGAGAAGGCCAGCAUCGAGCCGCCCGAGGAGGAGGAGGAAGAGAGGCCCGUCGUCAACGGCAACGGCAUCGCUGUGACCCCAGAGUCCAGCGAACAUGAGGACAAGAGCACGGACGCUUCUGGGGAGGCGGCCCCGCAGAGCAACGCGGCCGAGGUCGCCACAGAGGGGCCCAAAGACGACGGCCAGUCCCCGAAGACCACGGCACCCAAACCAGAGGAGAAUGACGAGCUAGGGCCGCUGCCAGACAACUGGGAGAUGGCUUACACCGAGAAAGGAGAGGUCUACUUCAUAGACCACAACACCAAGACAACAUCGUGGCUGGACCCAAGGCUAGCCAAGAAGGCAAAGCCGCCCGAGGAAUGCAAAGAGGAUGAGCUUCCGUACGGCUGGGAGAAAAUCGAUGACCCCAUUUAUGGGAGCUACUACGUUGAUCACAUAAACAGAAGGACCCAGUUUGAGAACCCGGUUCUGGAGGCGAAGAGGAGAGUCCAGCAGCAGCAGCAGAUGCAAAGCCAGGGUCUGUCCUCCCUGCCGCUGCCGACCAUAUACAGAGAAAAGCCGCUGUUCACGCGCGACCCCACGCAGCUAAAAGGCAGCUUCCUGUCCACGUCGCUGCAGAAGAGCAACAUGGGCUUCGGCUUCACCAUCAUCGGCGGCGACGAGCCCGACGAGUUCCUGCAGGUCAAGAGCGUCAUCCCCGACGGACCCGCAGCAGCUGACGGGAAGAUGGCCACAGGUGACGUCAUCGUCUACAUCAACGAGAUGUGCGUCCUGGGCACGACUCACGCCGACGUGGUCAAACUCUUCCAGUCGGUGCCCAUCGGCCAGAGCGUGACCCUGGUGCUGUGCCGCGGCUACCCGCUGCCCUACGACCCGGAGGAGGCGGCCAAUGCCAACAGCACCACCACCACCAUCCUGUCGCCGCUGGGCAUCAUGGAGCAGCGGCCCAUCAUGGUGAACGGCCGCUCGGGCUACGACAACUACCUGGACUAUCUGUCGCGCAGCGCCCGCUUCGUCAGCGACGCCGGCCACGACCCGGUCGGCGCCCAGCAGCAGCUGAUCCCGCCUCACCCGGGCGACACCCACUUAGACGGCUCGCUUCCCUCCGGCACCACGCCCCCCGACAGCGUCUCCAUGGCGUCGUCGGGGGCGACCCAGGGCGAGCUGCUGACGUUGACCAUGGUGAAGGGCGCGGACGGCUUUGGGUUCACGAUCGCGGACAGCGCCACGGGCCAGCGGGUCAAACAGGUGCUGGAGCCUCUGGGCUGCCCGGGCCUGUGCGAGGGGGACCUGAUAGUGGAGAUUAACAAGCAGCCUGUGCAGGGAUUCACGCACACGCAGGUGGUGGAGCAGCUCAAGGAGUGCGCCGUCGGAGCCGAGACCAGCCUGGUGAUCCAGAGAGGGGGGACAGGUCACUAUUCACCCUGGAAGAGCCCUAAGCAGGUUCUGGAGCAGUGGGAGUCCCAGCAGGGCCCGAUCAGCCCUGCUCAGACCGGCCCGCCGGCCCCCGUUCUCCCACACAGCGCCCCCUUCCCCACACAGCACCUGCACAGGGCCUCAGUCCCGGACCCAGCCUCCGAGGCCUUGGCCCUGGCCAAACCAGACCCCUAUGACCUUUAUGAGAAGUCCAGGGCAAUCUAUGAGAGUAGGCAGCCCGGCCCGCCGUGUGGAAGGACCGCGUUUCCCGCCGACUCCUCAGGAGCCGAGUACCAGGACAUGGAGGUGCACCUGCGCCGGCAGAAGUCUGGGUUUGGGUUCCGGGUGCUGGGCGGGGACGAGGCCGGCCAGCCUGUGAGUCCAGAGACGCAUGAGAAGAUCCUGAUCGGGGCCAUCAUCGAGAAGAGUCCGGCCGACCUGGACGGGCGCCUGCGGCCCGGCGACGAGCUGCUGUUCGUGGACGGGAUCCCGGUGGCGGGGAAGCCGCACAGAUACGUCAUCGACCUCAUGCACAGCGCGGCGCGCAACGGCCAGGUCAGCCUGGUGAUCAGGAGGCGGAUGCCGGCGGCAGGCGAGUCCUGCCCGGAGAACGGACGCAGCCCGGGCUCCGUCUCCACCCAGCACAGCUCCCCGCGCAGCGACUUCACGUACGCCAACAGCACCGGCGGCGCCCCGGCGCCCAACGCCGCCGACGGGCCGCCGGCUCUGAGCGCGCAGCCCAGCGACGUCAUCAUCAGCCGGAAGGAGAGCGAGGGCUUCGGCUUCGUCAUCAUCAGCUCGCUGAACCGCCCCGAGGCGGCCGCCGCCAACACCGUGCCCCACAAGAUCGGCCGCAUCAUCGAGGGCAGCCCGGCCGACCGCUGCGGGAAGCUCAAGGUGGGGGACCGGAUCCUGGCGGUGAACAGCCAGUCCAUCGUCAGCAUGCCGCACGCCGACAUCGUGAAGCUGAUCAAGGACGCGGGCCUGGGCGUCACCCUGAGGAUCAUCCCCCAGGAAGAGGUCAGCAACCCCCCAUCGGCGCCCAGCUCAGAGAAGCAGAGCCCCAUGGCCCAGCAGCACAGCCCCAAGACCCAGCACAGCGUGGCAGCAUCUCAGCUCAACCCGGCCACGACGGAGCCCGGCUCGUCUGUGAGCCAGCCCAACCCUGUUCUCCAGCAGAGCCCUGUGACCCAGCCAGCUGGCCCGCCGCCCCAGGCCUACGCCUACGAGAGCAGUUACAGGUCUGAGGUGAAAGCCAGGCAGGAUGUUAAACCAGACAUCCGGCAGCCGCCAUUCACGGACUACCGACAGCCGCCGGUGGAUUACAGACACCCUCCGGUGGCCGACUACAGGCAGCCGCCGACGCUGGACUACAGGCACCCGCCGCUGCUGGACUACAGGCAGCUGAGCUCUGACGCCAGGCAGUUCACCAUCCCCGAGUACAGGAUGCCACCGUUCCAGCUUUCGCAGGACUUCGACUUCUUCACCGUGGAGCUGGACAAAAGCGUGAAGGGGUUUGGCUUUAGCAUCCGCGGGGGGCGCGAGUACAAGAUGGACCUGUUCGUGCUGCGGCUGGCAGAGGAUGGGCCGGCCGUCCGCAACGGGAGGAUGAGGGUUGGAGACCAGAUCAUCGAGAUCAACGGGGAGAGCACCCGGGACAUGAGCCACGCCAGGGCCAUCGAGCUGAUCAAGUCCGGCGGGAGGCGGGUCCGUCUCCUGCUGAAGAGGGGCACGGGGCAGGUCCCAGAGUACGACAAUGCCGCCCCAUGGGAUGCUCGUCCUUCAGCCUCCCCAAGCCUGUCGGAAGUAGCCUCCCCCAUCGACAGCCUUUCCAUGCCAUCGCCUUCAUCUCAUCUGGCCCCGGCCCCCGACCUGCCUCACCUGCCGCCUCUGGACGUCCCUCGGGACCCGGUGGCACGGGACGGCAGGACGGAGCGCUCCAAGAGCCCCCAGAAGGCCGAGCUGCUGAACCCGGAUCCGAUGAGCCAGGGGCGGCGGGCGGCGGCGAGCGGCGGGGGCAGCAGGGCCAAGAAAGAGAGUGGCAGGUCCACCCAUAAGGAGCACGUGGUGCAGCCCGCUGCCGAGGGGGAGGGGGGCAAACAGGGGCACGGCGGGGACCACAAACAUUCCAGGAGCACCAGAGGGAGGUCCCGGGAGAGGAGCGCCCGGGACAACAGGGAGGCCACCCAGUCUCCCAGCAGCUCCAGGCUCCCGCACACCAACGGGAACAGCAGGGAAGACCUGGAGCGCUACAGCAAGGCGGAGCUGGAGCAGAGCCAGGCCCGACCCAGGGAGCCGGGCCAGAGCCUGGGGGAGGGCCGGCCCAGCCUGCCACACAAGAGCACCAGCAUCGGCGGCGGCGCCGGGCGGAAGGCCACGGUCUCUCCCGGGCCGUGGAAGAUCCCCGGCUCGGACAAGCUGCCCAGCACGCUGCGCGCCGGCACGUCCACGCUGAGCAGAUAGCGCCGCAGCUCCUCGCGCCCCCGCCUCCCGUGCCCCCCCCCCCCCCCCCCACCCCAGCCCCCCGGAGCCGAGGAGGACGGGGCCCGACCGCUCACACGUCUUUAGAGGUUUAUUUAUGCUACUGUACUCUAAAUUAUUCUGAGAAUAUUUUACACCCACCACCUUAAGAACUGGAAGGAAAAUCAUCCACUUUUUAAAGAAAUGGACGAGCAGAAUGUGUGCGUCGCGUGGCAUCCUUUGGGUCAAUCGGAACCAGAAGAACUUCUCCCCAAGCGGAACUCUGACUGGAGAUUUUUAUAGGACUACACAACGGAGUCUAUUUUAUGAAACGGAAUGUUACCGAGACGCUUUGCCUGUUUUUGACCAGAGCGAAUGGAACCAAGAGAUGAAACCUACUCAUCAACAGAACUUUUGCCUUAACAGAGACUGUGUGGGAGUGGAUCUGUGCUCAGCGAGCGGUGGGAGGGUUACAGACAUAGAUGUAUUCUCAAUGAAUAUAAUUAUGUGGGAUCAUGUUGUACAUAAGAUCAUUUGUACGUGAGCAGAUUCUGAUAGUUGGACUCUGGGCUGACCCGCUUCUCCCCGUUCUUUCCUCCUAUCCGAGCCCUGUCUCAGCAGCUUGGGCUCUGAACGUUCCGGGCUCAGCGGCGCCACGCGUCCACUCGUUCCUCUCAUUUCUGUGCUUACCAAGCGAAGCAAUCGGCGAUAGCGGCGUCCAGCUGGAGGCGGAGGGAGCGAGCUGGACCCGAGGGGCAGAGUGCCUUAGACUGACAGGGAGGUCAAAUCAGAACCACAACACAGGCUGCUAUACAAAGAUAUAUAUAUAUAUAUAUAUAUAUAUAUAUGAGGCUGUACGAGUGUGGCUUGGUAGAAUAGAUCCCUCAGAGCUCGUGUGUGGAAAUGAGUUCAUUAACAGAGGUUUUGACUCUUCCUUAUUUGUGCGAGCGGUUCACUUUGGGUCGUUGCUGAUUUCCUAAUGAGGCCUGGCACCAGUCAUCUCCAUGAAGAAUUGCUCGUAUCAGCCGGUGUAAUUAAAAACCCGCCACCGGGUCGGGCUUCGCACCCAAACCAAACGGAAUUAGUCAAAUGUGAUACUGAUGUCGAGACUCGGUCGCCCAACAGUCUGCAAGCGGAGCGUUUCAACGCCCUGGAUCUGAAGACGGCCCGCACCUGUCACAGCCGCUGGCAGCUGCUGGGCUUCAUUAGCUUCACCGCGGCUGAUUCUGUCCACGUUGGGCGAGGUGCGGCGGUCCAGCCCCGGAUCCAAUCUCCCGGUAGGUGCUACAGGAGCCGGCACCAGAUACCUGUCAGAGAAGCUGUCAUAAUGUGAAGGUUCGGUUUAGGCAGUUUAUGCAGUAACUAGACAGUCGGCCAUUAGCCCGGCCUUGACCCACUUAGCUCCGCCUGUCACGCCGUCAGCUCCUGCCCAGGCAGUGAUGACAGUGGCAGAUGUGCUCCUGGAAGUAACUGUUACAACAAAAGCCGUUCACUGAAAUAAAACAAAGGUCGACUUUAAUGUUUCUGUUAAGCUGGCACCUGAAGGCCACACGUCCCUGAGAGAGAGAGAGAGAGAGAGAAAGCGAGAGAACACGCAUCAGACUGUUACCCAUUCUGUCGUCUCUGGCCGCUCAGCUCGCAUCCACGUCUUCGGUUCACUUUUGUUAAAACGCACCUUCAUGAUCAUGCGUGUGACCUAACGCUGCUGCUGUUCGCUGAUAAACCCGCUUCACUUGGCAUCAGCAGACAACCAAAUACCCAUGCUGCUGCAGCAGCCUGAGCAGCAGCCUGACGUAGCAUCAAUCCGACGCUUGACGAGUCAGCCGGUGAAAGAGGGACCUGACUUUAAAGCACAAUCUCACGCAGAGGAUUCAGAUCCUGGAUUCAUGGGUUCGGCCCAGCAGCACCAGUCACGCAUACAUUUGUCAGGACUAAAGGCGGCACACGCCUGUACACUGUAUCAUCACGCCCGUUCCACCAGACUGCUCAUUUAUUUUGUGGCGACAAUACGUGUGUAAUUUAGAUUCAAUUUGAUUUUCCUAGUUUUCUUUCUCUGCCUUUGCACAACUCGCUGCUUUCCACCUCUGAGCUGUCUCCAUUGAGCCAAAUUGUACAUAGUUUUCUAUGGGAAGCAAGAAGAAAAAAAAAACGGCACCUAGCGGCGUGUGUGGAGAUACGGACGCACGCGUGAACCAAGCGGCUCACUAUCACUGUGUAGUGUUUAUAGCAGUGUGUAGACCCAGAACAAAUAUCUAUAAAUAUGAUUCCGUGUACUAUUGAUGGUCACAAAGACUGUAAGUGCAGCAACUAUUUUUAUGAAAUGCAACACUAUGGAUAUAUUAACUUUUGCAAAAAUCUUGUUUACCUGUAAGAGAUUCUGAAAUGCUGUCAAAUAAAAUCUUGACACAACAUAGCAGAAUAAUCCAGGGUUUGUCU